CAGUUGUUUUAGAGCUUUGUCCAUUUCCGCUGGGUACAGGAAGUUGGGUAAAGAUGCCAUUACCGCUUCAGCAAGGAAUAUUUCAGCCUGCAGUAGAACCCAUGCAGGUUGAUGCCGCCCCGGAGGAGAAUGAUAAUGUUGAAGAAGAACAACAUUACACCGUGGAAAACCCGUCUGUGGACCUGGAACAGUAUUCUGCCCAGUACACUGGUUUGGCUAAACUCAACCGACUGGUGUUUAUUGCCGAGCAUUGUCCCAGUUUGAAGAUCGAGGCACUCAGGAUGGCCCUUACACACGCCAUGACCACCUACAAUACAAACUUCUAUCAAGUAGUCCACAAAAAACUGCAGGAGGCUGUAUCAAUGUCAUCGAGUCUGCCCGAUGCAGUAGCGGGAGCUGUUCACAACGUGCCGGCACUUGACACUCAGUGGAUCGAAACUACUGCAAAGAAAGCCGCACUCAAACUAGAGAAACUCGACACCGACUUGAAAAACUACAAAAGUAACUCUAUAAAAGAAAGUAUACGGCGCGGCCACGACGAUUUGGGUGAUCACUACUUGGACUGUGGUGACCUUAGCAACGCUCUCAAGUGUUACUCUCGUGCACGAGACUACUGUACAAAUCCCAAACAUGUCGUCAACAUGUGUUUAAAUGUUAUAAAGGUUAGUGUGUAUCUGCAGAACUGGUCCCAUGUUCAGAGCUACGUCAAUAAGGCUGAGGCUACUCCUGAGGCUCAUGAGCAUGUCAAAGAUGGUGGUCUUUCAAUCCAAACAAAGCUCCGAUGUGCAGCUGGGUUGGCAGACUUAGCCACGAAGAAGUAUAAAUCCGCAGCCAGAUACUUCCUGCUUGCAAGCUUCGACCACUGUGAUUUUCCUGAAUCCAGUUUGGUGGAUAUGUCCAUCAAGCAAAGUGCGCCAUCACAUCUCAUCAGUCGGGCGUACGCGAUCAAUGAGAUGUUUGGCUAUAGAUUCGACGAGCUUCUUUCAGCCAGUAAUGUGGCAACCUAUGGUGCUUUGUGUGCUUUGGCCUCCUUCGACCGCACAGAAAUACAGAAAAAUGUUAUAUCAAGCAGCUCUUUCAAGCAAUUUUUAGAACUUGAACCUCAACUUAGAGAUAUUAUUAACAAGUUUUAUGAAUCAAAGUAUGCUUCCUGUUUAAAGUUACUACAAGAAAUCAAGGAUAACCUUUUGUUAGACAUGUACCUAGCCCAGCAUGUUUCCACGCUUUAUACGCAGAUUCGGAACCGUGCUUUGUGUCAGUAUUUUAGUCCGUAUCUGUCUGCGGACAUGAGGAAAAUGGCACAGGCGUUCAACACGACAGUUCUGGCGUUAGAAGAUGAACUGAUGCAGCUUAUACUGGAUGGUCAGAUCAACGCACGCAUCGACUCUCACAACAAAAUCCUAUAUGCUAAAGACAUUGAUCAACGGAGUACGACUUUUGAAAAAGCAAUUAACAUGGGCAAAGAAUACCAGAGGAGGACAAAGGCACUAAUUUUGAGGUCAGCUGUGUUAAAGAAUCAAAUACAUGUCAAGAGUCCACCUCGAGAAGGAGGAACAGGUGGGGAGAUGUCCAUUGCCCCAGGCAACGCCAGCUCUGCUCGGAAUUAGUGUGUGUAUUGACUUGACAUACUGCCAAAACAAUGUGUGUAUGGAAACAGCGUUAGUGACAGCUCGGUGAGUGUACAAAAACACACGUUACAGCUCAGUGUGCCCAGACACGAGACAACUGCCUUCGCCUGCCCAUUCUCUUCACCUAACAGAUAAACCAGUCUACACGUGAAUUGUGUGCCAUGUGGAGCCAGCGGUUACCCUCUCAGAACUCACACCGACUCCUUGAACCCAGCUGCGUGUAGGAAGUCGGUGAUAUAGUGAAAUAGUCUGGCACAUGUAAGACUGCGAUGUUCUAUUGCUGUCGUUAGAAUAUUCACUGGCCGCAGCGCACACACGAUGUACGAGGCCUGCUUAUGUUAGCUGAACAUUCGCUCACUGUUCAAUGUUCUCGUGUGAUUGAAAGGAUCAAAACAGAUGAGUAACAGCCAGGUGAUGUUCUGUGUGUGUGCUGUUUUGUUCUCCUGUCAUCAUCGGCUGUUACAGUGACGUCGUGUGAACACGUGGUUUGAAUCGCCUCUACCACCGGUUGGAGGAAGCUCGUUGCUUUGUCUCCAGUUGGAUUGUUACUGCACAAUAUACUAGUGCUCUUGUAUCUGUCAUAGAUUAUGCAAAAUGGUUAUUCAGAUUUGUCGCUAAUUUAUUUCGCACAUUUUUGUGGCAUAGACUAAAAUAACUGGUAUAUAGCAAAUGUAUUACACUUUUAUGGCUUAGACUUACAUAAUUGGCAAAUAAACAGUCCAUUUCCAAUACACUAUAUUUUCAUUUACCUCAUUGUUAGAAGGAAAAAAAUAUGGUUUUGCUGUAAUAUUACAUAGCAUAUAUUACAGGAAGCACAGUUUACCAUCCUGUAAAGUGGGCAAUUAUUUCGUCUUGACGGAAAUUUUAUUACAUACCUAUUUAAUCUUAGUAUAGUGAUAAAGAUAUUUUGAAACCGUGUGAUAAAUUUAUUUGGUAUUACCAAAACUCUUAAGUGGGGAAUUCCCUUUUUAUUUUUACUGCAAUUAGCGCCUUUUAUUUACCGACGUCAUAUAUGAUUUAUAAAUUACAUCAUAUCAUAUUUGAAACAUUAAACAAGGCUGCCGCAGAGUAAGAUUCUUAACGUUUUGAUCAUAGAUGUUGUUAUGAUGUUAAAUUAAAACCGUUUUUGUAAAACAUAAAAGAAGGUAUGUAAUAAAUACAGAACUUCACAUCCAUUGUUUUCACUUCCUAUUUAUUGCACUCGUUUAUUUUGCGAAAAAAUAUACUACUCGACCGCUAUGUGGUCUCGUGCUAUAUAUUCAUGCACAAAAUAAACUUGUGCAAUAAAUAGGAAGCGAAAACAAUGUAUGUGAAGUUCAGUAUAUUUAUUGUCCUAUUGUUGAGUUGUAAUAACAGUAUAAUUUGACCACUAACUGAAAAAUGUGGAAAUUGGCGUGUAUGAUAUUUUGGAAAUUAACUUUUCCUAUAUUAAGUUAACAUUUGAGUGUUGUUGUGGUGUAAUAUUGAUAUUAGUUGUCAACAGUCUGGUUCAGGUGUGAUAUUGAAUUCAUAUCACAUUCCAUUGAGCUUAGUUGGUGCAAGGAUCAAUAUUAGUACUUAUUGCAACCCUUUCAAAAUUACAAUUUUUAUGUUGAUGUUAGCAUCAACAUCUCUGAUAGAAGCCAAUUUUACAAAACAUCAUAAGUUUACUUCUGCAACUAGCAGUUAUACCGGUCAUUUCAGGCAGAAAAUUACAUCAUUACAGAAGAUGGAGCAUUUUAAGAACAAAAGAGAAUGAAAUAUGUGUACUCCAAACUAUAUCUGUUGUACAGUACUGUUACUAGCAAUAAAAACUCUGGUUUAGUCAUAGAUUUACGUUUACAAAACUAGGCUUAUGAUGUGUUGUGAAGUUGGCCAGGUUUACGUCUGAUGUUAUCUUUAUCACCAAUACGGAAAUUGGAUAGAAUAGUGAUGUCUUUGUCAACAUUAAAACCAAAAUGAUUUCAUUUUGGAAAGGUCAAACCAAAUUUUAAAAUGUUGCUUCUUUUACCAAGGCUGAAUAGUCUCUGGAGUCUUAUGAUGAAGUUAUUAUUAUUUAUAUUAAGUCUUUAAUUAAAUUAACUGAUCUCGUUUCUUCCAUUUGUGAAGACCAAAAUGUACUGCUGGAUAGCUCUGGGGAUCAAACUUUAAUAAGUUAAGCAGUAAACUGCUUCCAAGCAAUAAUUGUACGGUGUCGUUAUCCAAAUUUUACAGUACUUAUUGAUAACAAACAGCUGCAAAGUGCUUUUUAAAAUAUUUUGUUUCGAGUUAAAGUAAAUAAAUAAUGGCCAUAUUUUUAGUUGUUAUCUUUGAUCUGUUCAGGCUUAUCAAAAUAAGCUGGCAUCCAAUAAAUUUCAUCAGGUAUUGGUUCUGUCCACACUUGCGAUAUGUUAUGGUUGACAGUACCAAUUAUACUGUUUGGGAAGGUAUUUAUUGCUAUUUAAUAUAGGUGCUUAUUUCACUGAGCAACAAAAAUUGUUCUUUUUUUAAAUGUGUAAAAAUUAAACAAUAGGGAAACUCAUUUUACCCCUAUGUCAGAAGGACAUUUUAUUUAGUGUCCGAUAUUGGUGAAUUCAGGAUCUUACUUUAAUAGUGAUCAAUACAAACAACAACUAUCUUCUGUCCAGGUUACAGUAUGUUCUCGGAUGAUUAUCAUACCAGUAACAAUCCUGUGUUCUUGGUGUUUCGUCAUUAUUCACCCAUUAAAGUGACCCUAGUUUUUAAACUCUGUAUGGCAUAGCUUUCAAUAUUGAAGCCAUUUUUGAUAAUUGAAAUGAGACAUUGCUUAGGUAUAUUUUAUUGUUUGGAAUAUUUCCUUACAGCCGAAGUGUUUAUGCUUACCCUGGUGUUUGUAAUGACGUGUACCUCCAAUAAGUAACCAUUAUGUCGAUGAACUGGAAUCUAUUUUUAAAUGCUAUUUCCUCUCUUUCAAUAUCACAGACUCUUCUUUCACUAUAUUGUAACUUUAUCCAAAUGUGUUACAAGUUUGUGGAUAAACCAGAUUUUAGUGUCUAUCCUAAUGGGUUUAAACUAAGGGGUGCUACUUCGAAAUUAACAGUCCAUUACACACAGUUCUCAUUAGAAUUCUUAGUAGUGUGAAAAGCCAGUGUUGAGUGUUUUUUAUCACCUAUAUAUUAAUCCUGUCAAUCACAGAAUUCCUCUUUUUUAUUAUUUUGAAGAAAACUUAUAUUUAGUCAAGACCAUUCUCAGUUAAUUAAAAUACCCGUAAUAGGAGAUUUCUACUUUAUUAAUUGCAUAUUUAUUAGUUAUCCAAGAAAUUCAGACAGCUUAAUAAAGGCAUUCAUAUUUGUUUUUGUUACGGACAAAUGAAAAUGAAAUGAUCAGAACUGGUCCGUUGAACAUUGCAAAAUUAUUAAUUUUUGUUUCUCUGCAUGACAUACUUGUUUGACGAAGUAAAACUUUACUAACAGUU